AUGACAAAAAUUACUAUUUCCAAGAGAGGGCUACCAAAGUUAACCACAGCUACAUCAUCGACUGCUGCCUCUUCAACGACAACUGCAGUUUCUUCUUCCUCUCCUUCAUUUCUUUCGUCAAACUCUACAUCAUCAUCCAUCAUCCCAAAUAUUACUCCACCCUCUAAAAAUGGCAAUCCAUAUAUUCUAGAUUCCAGUAGUAUGCCCAACGGAACAGUAUUUAUUAUCGUGGGAGCCAUUGCAGGAGCAAUUUUUUUAGCAAUCUUACUAUGGUGGGUAAUGGUAACCUACUCUUCGCGUAGGUUGACUAGAAGCGUUCAGGAUUAUGAGUCAAAAAUGUUUUCCACACAGCAUACCCAAACUUACGGCGACUCCCCAUAUUUGGAUCAUUCUGCUCAGGAUAAUUCACAAGGUAACGUAAAUAUCCACGAUAGUGAUGAGUAUCAUGGAAAUAAGGACGAAUCGGCUAAAAAUGUACUUAUUCCGUACAAUAUUAAUGAGAAGGUACUUUCAAGUAAUUUUGAAAGGCCAUUAUCUUCCAUAGUAUCUGCGUCGAAUAGAAAUUCUUUAUUCAUUUCACCAACAGGUGAUAUCCUAAACAAAACAAGGUUAUCCAAACUAUACCAGGAAACCCCACAAUUGCUACAAAAACCCUUGAUUGCCAAAAGCAGUAAUUUAUCCUCCAGUUCUUUAGUCUCUACAAUUUCAUCAUCAUCGCUAUCGUCGCUCGAUAACAAUAACGACAACGAGAAAAGAAUGGGGGAAGACAUAAGAAAGCCUGCAAAAAUUGCCGCCUCUCCAAGUCGCAAGCUACUGAAUUCGCCUGAAAGUGACACUAGUUCGAGCAGCAGAUCGAACAAUGGAAACCUGCUAAACAUACAGUCUAAAAGGAAAGUCACGCCUUCUACGUAUUUGGAACAUAUGCUAGAGGGGGAAAGACAGGAUGAGUAA